AUGAAUGACAAAUUCCAUCAGUGUAAAAUCUGCAAUAAGGUCUUCUCCCGCAGUGCUAAUUUAACCAGGCACAUGCGUGUUCACACUGGGGAGAAACCUUAUACCUGUAAUAUCUGCAACAAAUCUUUUUCCCUCAACUGUACUUUGUAUCGACACAAGCAAAUGCACGCUGGUGAAAGACCCUAUGAGUGUAAAGUAUGUGGCAAGAGAUUCUCGCAGACUAGUCACCUGUCGGAACAUGUGUUGAUUCACACAGGUGAAAAGUCGUAUCAAUGUGAAAUCUGCGGUAAGACAUUUUCUCGAAACAGCUACCUGUCGACACACAAAUGGAUGCACUCCGGCCAGAAACCGCACACCUGUAGAAUUUGCGGUAAGACUUUCUCUCGUACCAGUCAUUUGGCAAGCCACCAGAGCGUACACAGCGGGGAGAAACCAUUCCACUGUGACGAGUGUGGGAAAAAUUUCUCCCGCAACAGUCAUCUAACGACACACCUGCAGAUUCACACAGGUGAGAAACCUUUCCGCUGUGACAUAUGCGGCAAAUCAUUCUCACAUAACAGUUAUCUAUCCGGCCACAAACGUAUCCACACGGGGGAGAAACCUUAUACCUGUGACACCUGCGGCAAAUCGUUUUCUCGUAGUAGUCACCUGUCCAGACACAAGUGGACCCAUACAGGCGAGAAGCCGUUUCGUUGUGAGACGUGUGGUAAAGCUUUCACUCAGAACAGCCACUUAACUAAACACAAAUGGCUACAUAGAGGAGAUGAGGAAUACCAAUGCCAAAUCUGUAAUAAAACAUUUGAAGAGAACAAUCUCCUAGCCGCACAUGUCUGGACACACACAGAAGGCUGA